AUGUCUCUCGGCGACGACAUGCUCGGCGAGAUCCUCAUCCGCCUCCCGUCGCUGCCCUCGCUCGCCAGCGCCGCCCUCGCCAGCCCUCGGCUGUGCAGCGUUGCCUCCUCCCCUGCCAUCUCCGACCGCUUCCUUUCCCGGGCUCCCUUACUGGGCUACUUCGUGUCGGCCCCCCGCCCCCGCGGCGCCGUCCCCGCCUUCCACCGCGCGCUCCUCCGCCGCGACCGCCACCUCGCUGCCGUCGUCCGCCGCGGGGACUUCCAUCUCACGGAUUUCGAGGAGUACAAGUGGCGCAUCAUGGACUGCCGCCACGGCCUCCUACUCCUCAGCAGCGACCCUUACUUGGUCGUGUUCGACCCGAUCUCCCACUCGCGACUGCGCAUAACCCACAACCACAAGAGCAUCACCAGCAACUCGUCCCAGUUCCACUGCUUCCUCCCGGCCUGCAGCGUCAGUCCGACCUCAUUCCGCGUGCUCUCGCUGGAGAACCGGAGCGGCCGGGUGCUCGCACACGUCUACAGCUCCCGGACAGGCGAGUGGUGCUCCCACACGCGGGCGCCCGAAGGCAUUACUGCACCGAGGAGUGACGACCACAGGUGGCCCGUGCACAGCGGUGGGAGCAUCUAUUGGAGGGGGUCUAGACUACUUCGGCUCACCUCCCUCCAUGUUGGCUCCAUGGAGUUCUGCCACGUCGCUCUCCCGAAGAACCUAGACUCCGAUCCGUCCUUGUGCGUCGUCGGGGAAACGGAGGACGGCACAACCUGCCUCGUGGCCAUGGUACACAGUCUCCUGCGGGUGUGGUUCCGGAAGGAGGACAAGUCCUGGGAGCAGCAGUGGGAGGUGGAUGCUUCGAAAUGGUAUCCGCUUCUAAGCCAUGUAAAGAAGGUUUGCGGUGUGACCGCCGGCGUCGUGCUGAUCUCCAUGGGCAUCGAGAAUGGCGCCCUCCACUAUUGUGCCUUUCGCCUCAUCAAGAACGCCCUCCAGCCUAAGUUGCAAUUGGAGGCAGACUUCUUCACAUCCAGUGGAUGGGUGCGCCCCUAUUUCAUGGCAUGGCCACGCCCCACCCUCAAGGCUGGUAGCUCCAACACGAAGAAAACAAGUCUGGAGGAUCAAGAAGCUGGUGGCUCGAAGAAGAAAACAAGCCUGAAACAUCAAGAAGCUGGCUCCUAGAAGAAUUAACAAGUCUAAAGCGCUAAGGAUCUGAAUGCUUAUGCAUUGGAGUCUUCAGAUAGUACUAGUUGUGUUUAGCGGGUGUACUUUUGGUUCUGGCCUCCUGGGUUUGCACUGCUAAGUUAGUUGAUCCAAUUUAGCCAU